AGAGAAUUGACAACGCAUGUAAAAUUUUGGGUAGAUCGGCCAACUUUUCCACAGAUACGGAGUAGAUUAAAAAUUAAAACGAAGCAAAUCACCCGACAAAUUGCAUACGAAUUCCUUUUCGCUCUCCCAGAAGCAGCAGCAAAAGCCUGCAACUCCUCCAUUGAAGGCGAAUCGAAGAAAAUGCCGAAGAGGACAACUCAUACCUACUCCAGUGAAGACGCCGCAACCGACGGCCCGGACACUGACCUCUUCGUCUAUUAUUGCAAGCACUGUAGCUCCCAUGUCCUCAUCACAGAUACUCAAUUGCAGAAGAUGCCAAAACGGAAGACUGACAAAGCAUAUGUAUUGGACAAGAAAAAACACCUUGCAAGACUAAACAUACAGGAGGCUGGCAAAGUUCUCUUAAAACGUGGAGAGGGGAAGUUAGAAAAGCAGUUUCGGAUGAAUUGUGUUACUUGCGGGCUCUUUGUUUGCUACCGAGCUGAAGAAGAUCUUUAUUCUGCCUCUGUCAUUUAUGUUGUAGAUGGCGCCCUCAGUUCAAUUGCUGCUGAGACAAAUCCACAGGAUGCUCCAGUGCCACCAUGCAUAUCACAGUUAGAAGGAGGCCUUGUUCAGGUUGCCAUUGAAGUAGAAGACCGUGCACAGCGCUCAGCAAUAACAAGAGUUAAUGCUGAUGAUGUUCGUGUAACCGUAGCUGCACCCGCUGCCCGAGGAGAAGCAAACAAUGAGCUUCUAGAACAUAUGGGAAAAGUGUUGGGAUUAAAAUUGAGCCAAAUGACUCUUCAGAGGGGUUGGAAUAGCAAGUCAAAACUUCUUGUGGUGGAAGACAUGACUGCUAGGCAAGUAUAUGAGAAACUCUUGGAAGCUGCACAACCGUGAAAAUGGUGGUGCCUCUCUUUCUCAUUUUGUGUCGCAAUUGUUACAUUAUGUAUCUCACUAACUCAUUUUCCACAAUAAGUGGGGGUGUUCAGUGGUUGUUUCUCCCUACUUGGUUUUGUCUAAGCCUUGUUGGGGCUAUUACUGUACAUCAGCUUGUGUUUUGCCAUGGUAGAUGAGAACACGGGAUCAAUCCUUUCAUGAACUUUUGUACCACAAUGGGGACGUUUAACGUGAUAUGGUUUUUGAUUCUAUCAUAGACAUGUCGUAGUAGAUUAUUGUGGCCUAUUUCAGUAUUUCUAAGCUCUAAAUUUGAACCGCGUAGUUUUAUCAGAAAGCAAUUAUAAUAUAGAGUAUCUAGAUACGCCUUGCCUAGGGGUUGUAAAACACGCCCCCUACAAAAAGGGGUUAAAAAAAAUUUUAAAUUUUUA